AUGGAGCGGGCCUGGGCGCGGGGGCUGCGCGGAGGCCGCGGCCCGCCGGCGCUCGGGCUCGCGCUCGGGCUGGCUCUGCUGCUGGCGCGGCCGCCGUCGGGCGGCGCGGGGUCCCCCGAGGAGCAGGAACCGGCAGCGCCUGGCACGGCGGCCCCGGCCGGGGGCGACCGCUGCCGCGGCUACUACGACGUGAUGGGGCAGUGGGACCCGCCCUUCAACUGCAGCUCGGGCGCCUACAACUUCUGCUGCGGCACGUGCGGCUACCGCUUCUGCUGCCACGACGGGCCGCGGCGCCUUGACCAGAGCCGCUGCUCCAACUACGACACGCCGGCCUGGGUUCAGACUGGCCGGCCUCCCGCGCGUGCCCGCGACACCACGGUGCCCCGGGACCCGGGCCGCGAACGCAGCCACACGGUCGUCUACGCGGUGUGCGGCGUCGCCGCCCUGUUCGUGCUGGCCGGCAUCGGGGCGCGCCUGGGCCUGGAGAGGGCGCACAGCCCGCGCGCGCGGCGCACCGUGACCAGGACACUGACAGAACUUCUGAAGCAGCCUGGCCCCCAGGAGCCACUGCCUCCACCUCUGGACCCACCUCUGGGUAGCUGUGUCCAGGUGCAGAUGGGCGAUGGCCUCCCCCGGGGCUCCCUCCACAAGAGCACAGACAAGAAACGCCCCAUCAACGUGCCCCUGGCUUCAGCGACAGCGGGCCCCCCGCGGACCCCGCGGCUGCAGGGCGGCGGCAGCCUGACGAGGCAGCCGGACUACGCCAAGUACGCCACCCUCAAGGCAGCCGCGCUCAAGGCCGCAGAGGCCUCCCCGCGGGACUUCUACCAGCGUUUUCCCGCGACUGAAGCUGCCGCGCCGACCCUCCCGGCGCGAGCCCGGAGGCCCCCCGAGGACUUGCCUGCACUGCUCGACGCCUGCCCCUGGGCCCCGCCGCCCUACGCGCCCCCCGCCGGCCCCACCCCAUCGGGCCACUACAAGGCCUGGACGGCCAGCCGCCCGGCCCAGCCCGCCCCCCGCGGCCACCUGGCAGCUCAUACCUCCUCAGCGCCCCGGAGGCCCGGCGACGCACCCCGGCGCCAGUUCAGCGUGGAGAAGCUGCCCGAGGCCUUCAGCCCGCAGCCCCCUGGCCUUUAUGGCCGCGCCAGCCGCGGACCUCGGCACCUGAGCACCAACAGCAAAGCCGAGGUCACCGUGUGAAGAAGGGGCCGCUGUUUCUGAGGCACCGCAUCGCCAGGAGCCGUCUUCUGCCUGGGGGACUCGCCAUGGGCUUGAUCGGGGGGCCCAGGCUACCGGAAGGAGGGGUGCUGGCCAUGAAGGCCAGCCCUUCUGCCUGCCCACUGGACUGGGAGCCUCGGAGCCUGCAGGGCUAAGAGGCCCACUUGGGUAAAGCCAGUGGUUCCGUCCUGGGGUCCUUAGGGCCCGGGUUCCUUGUGUAAAUAAACCCUUUUCUGUGACUACCACCCCUGAGAAUAAAGGAGCCCCAGCUUGGCUCUGCGAGGCGCUGAUGGCGGAGGCACUGGUCAUUGACGGGACAGACGGCAGUGCCAGCAGAGGGCACAGCAUGUGC